GGAACGGAAAAAGGAAAAGGAAUCACCGUAAAAUCCUAAAGAAUAUCGAAAAGAAAGAGAUUCUACGGGAAGUUACGAGCGAACUAACAAUGGCGGGUGAAGAGAUCGAGAAACCGACGGAGUCCGCCGGUACGAAAGAACAAGGACUACACGUGGAAACAUCGGGACAGUCGAUUCGGAGCCUCGAGGAGAUCCACCAGAUGCAUGCAGAGAUCCUUCGCCCGACAGGAAAAGCUGCUGAGGAGGUGGAUACUCUCUCAGACUCACUCGCGGUGAAGGCUUGCGAAUCUCCGGUUGCUCAGUCUCUGGAAUUGGAUCUUAAUGGUUCGCCGGCGUGAACUCGUACUGCGGCGGAAGGCUUCUAGUGGUCUGGUGAGUGUACUCGAGUAGGUCUGUUCGGGUGGAUCUGGUGGAGUGAAAUGAGUGAGAUC